AGCUCCUGUAUCGAUUAGUGCGGACUUUUCCCGUCCAUCUGCACAGAGAGUGAUGGACGCGGUGGACCUGUUUAAGCGGCUGGGAGCCGGAGCGAAGUUUAAUUUUAAACGCUUUGGAAAAGAUGCGGACAGGUUUAAGGUAGGGAGGUCUCAGAACAAGGAGGCUUCUAAGUCUUUGGAUGAAAUUAAUUUCUUUGGGAUCAAGCCCCAAAAGGAGACGACAGUACACGAUAACAACAGUGAAGAUGAAGAGUCAGAAAACCAACAGACUACAGUCACAGAGAAACGAAAACGCAGCACCGCGGAUGAACCAUUAAACAAAUCAGGGAAGAAAAGGAAAGGAAAUAAGGAAGAAACAGAUGAUGAAGAGAAUGAGACUGAUGGAGAUGACGAGAGAGAGCUGGAGAAGGAAGGGAUCCGGUGGACUUCGUCCCAAGACAAGAAGGCUAAAGGGCCUAAGAAAAAGGCAAAAGACGAGCUUUCACUGAAAAGAUUAAAACAGCUUCACCGUGAGAAGCUCAACCAGAUCAGACACAGUAACAGGAUAAAUGUACACGGCACAGAUAUCCCAGACCCUCUUGCCACGUUUGAAGAGCUUCAAAAGGAGUAUGAGCUGGACCCAAGGGUCAUUCAGAACAUCAAAGCAGCAGGAUUCCAGACCCCCACACCUAUUCAGAUGCAAGCCAUUCCACUCAUGAUGCAUAGUCGAGAGAUUCUGGCGUGUGCCCCCACUGGCUCUGGUAAAACCAUGGCCUUCUGCUUGCCCCUGCUGGCCCAUCUCCGCCAGCCAAUGAAUAAGGGCUUCAGAGCCCUUAUCGUAGCUCCUACUAGAGAAUUGGCCAGCCAGACGCACAGAGAGCUGCUGAAACUGUCAGAAGGACUGGGUUUCAGGGUUCACAUGAUCAAUAAAGGAGUGGACGCAGCCAAAAAAUAUGGUCCCAAAUCAGCUAAGAAGUUUGAUAUACUGGUGACCACUCCUAACAGGCUUAUUUAUCUGCUCAACCAGGACCCUCCAGCUGUAGAUCUCAGCAGUGUGGAAUGGCUGGUGGUGGAUGAGUCGGAUAAGCUUUUUGAGGACGGUAAAACUGGCUUCAGAGAUCAGCUGGCCACUAUCUUCCUGGCCUGCUCCUCUCCUAAGAUUCGACGAGCUCUUUUCAGUGCCACGUUCACCACAGAGGUUGAGCAGUGGUGCAAGCUCAAUCUGGACAACCUUGUCUGUGUUAACAUUGGACCCAGAAACUCUGCAGCAGAGACAGUAGAGCAGGAGCUUCUGUUUGUAGGAGCAGAAAAUGGCAAGCUGCUCGCCAUGAGAGACCUGAUUAAAAAGGGUUUCAUGCCACCCAUGCUUGUGUUUGUUCAGUCCAUUGAGCGGGCCCGAGAGUUGUUCCAUGAGUUGGUGUAUGAGGGCAUUAAUGUUGACGUUAUUCAUGCCGAACGCACACAGCAACAGAGGGAUAACGUGGUCAACAGUUUUCGCUCCGGGAACAUCUGGGUGCUGAUCUGCACGGCACUAAUGGCUCGAGGUAUCGACUUCAAAGGAGUCAACUUGGUUGUCAAUUAUGACUUUCCCGCCAGCGCAGUGGAGUACAUCCAUCGGAUAGGUCGCACAGGAAGAGCAGGCCAUAAGGGGAAAGCCGUUACAUUUUUCACCGAAAAUGACAAACCUCUGCUGCGGAGCAUUGCCACAGUAAUAAAGCAAGCAGGAUGCCCUGUGCCUGAUUACAUGAUUGGAUUCAAGAAGCUUCACAGCAAAGAGAGACACCGUCUUGAGAAGAAACCACCAAAGAGAACAACAAUUCGCACAACUCCCCUCUGCCUUAUAAAAAAGAAAAAGAAAACAGACAAGGGGAAAAGGAAAAAAGGAAAAAAUGAAGCAACUGUUCAAGCAGGUGGAGACAAAUCAGAAAAAUGUACAAACAACUGAGUCUGAACCCUACAUCUUUCUAAAUUCGUUUUCUUCUGUACGCCUUCUGUUUCUAAUAAAACAACACAAAUACAAAAACAUGUAAAAUAUGUUUGUGUUUAUUUUUGCAAAUGCAUGUUACUUAGAAAUAAGACAAUAAAUGUAGAGUACAAACACACUUGUUGGCAAUAACAGAAAAACAGCAGUUUCCGCUGUGUCUUGUUUCUGGUAUGUUCCCUUGGGGUGUUCCCCCAUGCAUAUAAAAGGCUUGCAUUUUGCAUUUCGUGGGGAAUGAUGUGUGGAGGCAUCUUCUUUCAGUUCUCAUUAGUGUGAGCGAACAUCUUGCUGAGACACCUUUUUCUGUUGGUACAAUGUGCCCUUUUAUUCUUUUUCAUUCUUCAGAUUUUCGUAUUUUUAGUUAUUUAAACGAUGGAACAUUGAAAAUUAGACAGAUUUGAGAUCGACUGAAGAAUUUAAGUCUAAUAUUGAUCCGAAUGUAAGAUGAUUAAAAAGAACCAGCUUUGACAAGAAACAUCAAACAGAGGUAAAUGCUGGGGCACUGGAAAUUCUAAAAUCAAGCGAAAGAGACCAGAGAGUCUGAGCGAUGUUUGUAGCAGACAGUCUGUGCAGCAGGAUAAGCUCUCAAUUCAAUGUGUGGACGACCCUGAGGGAGUUGGUUCUGUGAUGGCUUAUGAUAAAGAGACCUUCCCUAUGGCCAAACAGCUUCCGACUGAAGAGGACAAAGUUCAAGUUAUCAAGGAGCACUGAUAUGGGGAAAAAGUGAAGAAACAAAUCUGAAGGAUGUUCAAGCAAUUGAGGCAGAAGAUUAAUGCAUCAAUUAAUUUUAGAAAAAAAAUGUACAAAUUCCAGGAUCAUUUGCUGUCAAUAAAAGGUACACAACA